CCGCCACACAACCUACGGAUCGAUCCGCCCCUUCGCCCAACCCAAACUUGCAUGCCCUGUUCAUAAGUCGAGCGCACGCGCGUGAGGCGGCGGUGCUAGUCCGGGUGUCGCGGCGGCUGUGGCCUUCCACAUGGAGCACGGAAGCCUCCUCGCGUCCGCCGUCACCGUCGGCGUCGGCGUCGGCAUCGGCCUCGUGUCGGCGCGCCUGACCACCGCGUCCACCCCAGACGACGGCGGCGUCGCCGGCGCGGAGGUGGAGGCGGAGCUGCGCCGGCUGGUGGUCGACGGGCUCGACAGCGGCGUCACCUUCGACGACUUCCCCUACUACCUCAGCGAGGAGACGAAGCUGGCACUCACGAGCGCCGGGUACGCCUAUCUGAGCAAGAUAAACUUGCCCAGCCACAUCCGGGUCCUCUCCGCCGCCAGCCGCACCAUACUGCUCUGCGGCCCAUCAGAACCAUACCAGCAGUCGCUCGCCAAGGCUCUGGCACACCACUUCGACGCUCGCCUGCUGCUGCUCGACAUCGCCGAGUUCUCGCGCCAGAUCCAACACAAAUACGGGAGUGCAAGCAGUGCCCUGGUUCGUAAACGAUCCUUAACAGAGUCUGCCUUGGAUAAAGUGUCUGGUUUGGUUGGAUCUUUCAACUUUUUCUGCAAGAAGGAUGAGCCAGCAGACUCACUGAAAUAUGAAAAGAGCCUUCUGGAUUUGAGGACGAGUAAUUGCACUAAAACACCUUCAAUUCGGGUGCAUGUAUCUUUAUUGCCUGCUGCGUUUCUCCAUGAACCUUCGGAAGACUUGGGUCCAAUCAGACAAAGCUGGAAUUUAGAUGAGAAAAUUCUCAUAAAAUCUCUUUACAAGAUGAUAACUUCCGUUUCUGAAUGCAAUCCAGUUAUCGUUUACAUAAGGGAUGUCAACCUAUUACUUGGUGCUUCAGAUGCAGCAUGUUCAAUGUUCAAGAAAAUGUUGAGCAAACUGUCUGGACGAAUUUUGAUAAUUGGUUCAUACUUCCUCGAAUCUGAUGCAGAUGGUGAUGACGUUGAUGAGGUUGUCAGUGAUAUAUUCCCAUACAUUCUGGAGACUAAGCCUCCCAAGGAGGAGACUGAUCUUGUGAAAUGGAAAACCCAAAUAGAAGAAGAUACUAAGAAAACCAAGGGUCAAAUCUUUACAAAUAUGAUUGCAGAGGUGCUCUCCGCCAACAGUCUGAUCUGUGAUGAUUUGGACUCAUUAGAUCCAGAUGACGAUUUACAAACCAUUGCCAGCUAUGUGGAAGAAAUUAUGGCCCCAGCAGUCUCUUACCAUUUGAUGGAUAACAAGGUCCCUGAAUACAGAAACGGGAAGCUCAUUAUUCCUGCAGAGAGCUUAUCUCAUGGAUUAAGAAUUUUCCAAGAGAGCAGCAGCCUUGGAAAAGAUACAGUGGAACCAAAGGAUGUCGGAAAGAAGUCACAGGUUACUCCAGACAACGAAUUCGAAAAGCUGAUCCGACCAACUGUUGUACCGGCCAGUCAAAUAGGAGUCACAUUUGAUGACAUCGGAGCACUGGCUGAUAUAAAAGAGUCACUUCAGGAGCUUGUCAUGCUUCCACUUAAGCGGCCUGAACUUUUCAAUGGUGGUCUCCUGAAGCCAUGCAAGGGGAUUCUACUAUUUGGACCUCCAGGGACAGGGAAAACGAUGCUGGCCAAGGCUUUAGCAAAUGAAUCCGGAGCUAGCUUCUUGAACAUCUCCUUGUCCACCAUCAUGUCAAAAUAUUAUGGAGAUGCCGAGAAGACUAUCCGGGCUUUGUUCAGUCUGGCUACUAAACUUGCACCGGCCAUUAUUUUCGUGGAUGAGGUGGACAGCUUGUUAGGGCAGCGUGAUCGACGCAAUGAAAAUGAGCUCCCGCGAAGAAUCAAGAAUGAGUUCAUGACUCAUUGGGAUGGACUCUUGUCAAAGUCUAAUGAAAGGAUUCUUGUCCUUGCUGCAACAAACAGACCGUUUGACCUCGAUGAAGCGAUUGUUAGGAGGUUUGAGCACAGAAUAAUGGUCGGUCUCCCUGCUUUGGAAAGUAGAGAGUUGAUUUUGAAGAAGCUGCUAUCCAAAGAGAAGGUUGAAGAAGGUAUUGACUUUAAGGAGCUUGCAACAUCGACUGAAGGAUACAGUGGAAGUGAUCUGAAGAAUCUUUGUGUGACAGCUGCCUACCGCCCUGUUAGAGAGCUCAUUCAGAAAGAACAACACAAGGUAAAGGAUAAGAAGGAAAAUGCAGUGCAAGUUAAGGAGCCAGAAGCGCAGCCCAAAAGUCAGGGAGGCGCGGCACAAAGCUCACAAAGCAAGAAAGGCGAGAAUGUCAUGCCAGAAACCAAGCAAGGGGAGACAGAGAAAGGUGUCAAAGGCGCAACCGAAGGGACUGUCGCCCUCAGGCCGCUAACCAUGGAGGACUUGAGGCUGGCGAAGGAUCAAGUCGGCGCGAGCUUGGCUGGUGAGGGGUCUAUCAUGACUGCCCUAAAGGAAUGGAACGAGCUCUACGGCAAAGGCGGGUCGAGGAAGAAGGAGCAGCUCUCAUACUUCUUGUAGUGCAAGGUUGGGAGUUUGUAUAUACAUGUGUAUGUGCGGUUGAAUGUGAUUCGGCCCCUUGUUGACCUGACGAAGCGGAGGAAGUGCUUGCGAGCGAUGUUUAGCUGUACCCAUUGGAGGCUGUUUGUUUAAAUAGACCGGUCUUUGUAACAAAUAAUAGUUGUUGUGAAAAUCCCCUGUUGCAGGAAUAAUGUUGAACCUUGUUCUGGGAAUGAAUCGAUUAUCUUUGAA